CGCUUCAUUCGCGGGCUUUCAUUCUCAUUCAUUUUUGUUCUUCUCUGAUGAUUAGCCUACUUGACACGAUGUUCACUGGAAAAGCAGUUGCAGCAGCAGCGACUCUACUCGUGUAUGUACUCACGGUCCAAGCUUAAAGCUCAGCGACAGGAAGCGUCAAUCCUCUCCAUGUAUGGGCAAAGCCACGCCCACGUGCGCGUCAUCCUCUGACAGCGUGGAUCCCGUGGGUCUGGAGUUUUUGGCUCCCGGGAAAGGUUCCAGUCCUGGGGGAUAGAGGGUUGAGUUUUGUAUGCUUCCAUCCAUUCUGCAAAGACUCGCUAAAGGCCCCUCACCAUCCUCUCCCGUGUCCGGGAACACCUCCACGGUGAUCAUUUACGCGUUUAUUUGUCUUUUGGAGCCAGAAGUGGUGGAUUCAGCAGUGUCCCGAAGCCUUUUUUGAUGCUGUUGUUAUAGGAUGCCACCAAGCUAAGAGCAUCAUCACCAUCAUCACCAUCAUCAUCAUCAUCAACAACAACAACAACAACAACAGAAAGUUGCAAGACAUGUUUAACUGAAUUAAAACAAGUCUAAUAUCCCUGCUCUUUGCGCGACUUGUUUCGCUUCUUCCACGGGAGGAUCUCCAUCUAUCCAAACAAGCUGCUGGAGAGGCUUGAGAAUCUUUACGCACUGAAUCGUUCAUGUGGUGCCAACGCAGGGCGGACUGAAGAAGGAGUCGGGACUGCUUUUUCUUUUCUUCUUCUUCUUCUUCUUCUUCUUCUUCUCCUCUUUUCGACAAAUCCCAAACAAACUCUCACGGCUAUCCGAAGGGGCUCUUGGAGAGACGACGCGCCCUCGCUCACACUCUCAUUUCAUCUCUUUGGCUGGAAGUGGGUUGCACGCGAACUGUUUUAAUGUUUGGGAUUCAGGAAAAUAUACCAAGAGGGGGGACCACUAUGAAAGAGGAACCGCUGGGCAGUGGCAUGAAUCCGGUCCGAUCGUGGAUGCACACGGCUGGGGUGGUGGAUGCGAACACGGCCGCCCAGAGUGGAGUUGGUCUGGCACGGGCGCACUAUGAGAAACAACCGCCAUCCAACCUCAGAAAAUCAAAUUUUUUCCACUUCGUCUUGGCGCUUUAUGACAGACAGGGACAGCCAGUGGAGAUCGAAAGGACAACUUAUGUGGACUUUGUGGAAAAGGAUAAAGAGCCUAACAGUGAAAAAACUAACAAUGGGAUACAUUACAAAAUACAACUAUUGUACAGCAACGGCGUCAGAACAGAACAGGAUCUUUAUGUUCGGUUAAUCGAUUCCAUGACAAAACAGGCUAUUAUUUAUGAAGGGCAAGAUAAAAACCCAGAAAUGUGCCGAGUUCUUCUCACACACGAAAUUAUGUGCAGUCGGUGUUGUGACAAAAAAAGCUGCGGAAACAGGAACGAAACGCCCUCAGACCCCAUGAUCAUCGAUUGUGACAAAAAAAGCUGCGGAAACAGGAACGAAACGCCCUCAGACCCCGUGAUCAUCGACAGUGCACUGCCUCUCGCUGGCUUUGUGGCACGACUGCGUGCCGGAGCAGAGCAGUAA